GUUUAGUUCCUCUUGGAUAGCUUGUUGGUUAGGACCGGGAAUUGGGAUCCUAGCAAAAAGUGAAGGCAGGCGCGAGACGAAGGCUCCCACUCGUUGAAGUGACAGUUGGCAGUGGUGGCAGGACAGCCGUGCGCAGACCCCUGCUCCGUCAGCAGAGUCCAAUGGCAGCGGCCCGAAGACAUUCUCACCCUGCUCUGACUCCUAUGUCUACAGAACCACAUGUGGACUGUACACAGGGCUGUAUGACCUUUGAGGAUGUAGCUGUUUACUUCUGCCAGGAAGAGUGGGAAAUCCUGGAUGAGGCUCAGAAGCUGCUGUACCUGGAAGUGAUGCUGGAGAACUUUGCACUUAUAACCUCACUGGUUCAUUGGCAUGAAACAAGGGAUGAAGAAAAAACUUCUGCACAAAGUAUUUUGGUAGCAGAGGCACCGCAAAUCAAGACUCCACAGGCAGAUCCAUCCACACAAAAAACUUAUCCAUGUGAUAUCUGUGUCCCAGUCCUGACAGACAUUUUGCAUCUGAACGAUCUACUUGGGCAGAAACCAUACAUCAGGAUGUGUGAAAAACUCCUGGACCAGAAGCAUCACAAUGUCAAGAAUUUGUUAAAGAGAGAUGUGGAGUUGCUUAUAAAGAGCUGCAUAUUCCAUGUGUCAGGAAAUCCUUUCAUCUGUAGGAAGAUUGGAAAGGAUUUCCCAGCCAGGUGGGGUCUUCUUCAACCCCAGGCUGUUCUCAAAAGUAAGAAACAAAAAAUCAAGUGUGGCGAAUCCUUCCAUGGUAAUAAAAGUAAGUCUCAGUCAGAUGAAUAUAAAAAAUCUCCCAGCACCCAACAAAAACUUGUUCAGCACCCAAGAGCUUGCACUGAAAAACAGGAUUUUAAAUCUAGCAAAUGUGACCAAGACUUCCAAAGUAUAUAUCCACAUAGACCACACCAGAGAGAUCACACUGGAGAAAGACCUUAUGAGUGUCAUGACUGUGGAAAAUUGUUUAGCCAAAAGAAGAUACUUACUAUACACCAGAGACUUCAUACUGGAGAAAAACCAUAUAAUUGUGGUGAAUGUGGGCAGUCUUUUAGUCAGAGCUCCAACCUCAGUGAACACUGCAGAAUUCAUAGUGGAGACAGGCCCUAUGAGUGUGUGGAAUGUGGAAAAGCCUUUGGGUGCCAUUCGAGUCUUCUCCAGCACCAAAGAACACACACAGGAGGAUGGCCAUAUGAGUGUGGUGAAUGUGGAAGGUUGUUUAGACAGAUCUUCAGCCUCGUUGCACACCAGAGAAUUCAUAAUACAGAAAGGCCUUAUAAAUGUGGACAGUGUAAAAAGUCAUUUAGUCAGAAAGUCACUCUUACUGUACAUCAAAGAAUUCAUACUGGAGAAAAGCCCUAUAAUUGUGAAGAAUGUGGGAAAUCAUUUAGCCAAAGUGGUAAUCUUACCAAACAUUCCAAAAUUCACACAGGAGAAAAGCCUUAUGAGUGUGGGGAAUGUGGCGUAUGCUUUCGUCAAAGAACCACGCUCAUGACACAUCAAAGAAUUCACACUGGAGAAAAGCCCUAUAAUUGUGAAGAAUGUGGAAAAUCAUUUAGCCAAAGCUGCAAUCUUACUAAACACUCCAAAAUUCACACAGGAGAAAAGCCUUAUGAGUGUGGAGAAUGUGGUAUUUGCUUUCGUCAAAGAGUCACCCUCAAGACACACCAGAGAACCCACACUGCACAUAGCCUUUAUGAGUGUGGGGAAUGUGGUAAGUUCUUUAAACAAUACUUCUACCUCAUUAAACACCGUAGAAGUCACACUACAACAGAAUUUUAUGAGUGUGGAGAGUGUGGGAAAUCCUUUACCCAAAAAGCAACCCUUAAUAGGCACCAGAGAGUUCAUACUCCAGAAUGUCCUUAUAAAUGUGAGGCAUGUGGAAAAGCCUUUGAGUAUAAAUCCACACUUGAUCGACAUCAAAGAACUCACACUGGAGAAAGGCCUUAUGAGUGUGCCAAAUGUGGGAAACUCUUCAAGCAAAGCUACAAUCUUGUUGAACACCAGAAAAUUCACACUGGAACAAGGCCUUAUGCUUGCAAUCAGUGUGGGAAAUACUUUCGUCGGAGAGUUGGCUUAGUUAAACACCAGAAAGUUCAUACUGGAGAAAGACUUUUUAAAUGUGAUGAAUGUGGGAAAGCCUUCAGCAGAAGUAACAGCCUUACCCAACACAGCAGAAUUCAUACUAGGGAGAGACCAUAAGAGUGUUACCAGUGUGGAAAAUCGUUUCCACAAAUGUCUACUGUCAUUCAGGCAUCAGGUGGUUCACAGUGCAGGAAAGACUUUAUGAAUGUAGCAAGUGUGGAAAAUCUUUUUAUUAUUCUUUUCAUGUGUAUGAGUGUAUUGCCUGCAUGUGUAUAAGUGCACCCAUGUCAUUCAGUGCCCAUGAGGUCACAAGAAGGUGUCAGAUCCCCUGGAACUGGAGUUAUGGACGAUUGUUAGCCACUCUGUGGGUGCUAGGAAUGGAACCUGGGUCCUCUGCAAGAGCUGUCAGUGCUCUUAACUGCUGAGCCACCUCUCCAACCUAAGUGUGGAAAAUCUUUUAGACAACCCUCUAGCAUCUUUCAACACCAAAAAUGUCAGUAUGGAAAGGCCACAGAAAAAGCAAGUAUGGGAAAUCCUUCAACCCUAGGUAGCAGCACUUGGUUCCUGAAAGCCUACACUUGAAAACCCCCUUUAGACCUCUAAAGAAUGUUGUCUUUUUGCUUAUGUAGCAGACCAGAGAGCCUUCAUAAGAGACCCAACUACCAUUUAAGCCUCCACUUACGAGUAAUCAGAAGGGUGAAUUCCAGGCAUGUGUAACUUGUACUGGAGCUAUCCUGCACACUCUAGACACUUUGUCUCCCUUGCCAGUAUUAAAUAACUGCCAUAAUUUCUCAUUAAAACUCCCCUAGCAACUUGAACUGAGUGUGCCUAUCCCAUGCCCCACACAUUGUCACUUCCCCAAUCCCUACUGAAACUCAUUUUCCUAUACCUUGAAAACAACUUUAUUCCUUUUUCUCACUGAAUAUGUGUGAGAUAUAUCUUUAAAUUCUUUGCCUCACAUUUGGUUGCUGUUUACACGUUCCAAAUCCAUAGCCAAGAGCAUCCGGCCUAGUGUUGCCAGAUAUCCACUAGUUCAGAGUCAGGAUCCCUCUCCCUGUCUUGGCCUUGGAGAACCUACGUUGUUGUAUGUCAAGAACAUGGGAUAUCUGGCAAGGAAAGCUACCAAUGCCAAAUGGUCUAAGAGAGGCUAUGUGGGCUGGAACUAUCAAGGCCCUUGGGGUAGGCAUGGUCAAGCCUUUUACAGCUCAGAUGAUACCAUCCUGUAAUUCUGAUCCCAGAAAUGGAGCUACAGGAUUUAUUGUUCUCCUUGCAUGGUUUCUUGCUUUGUUCCUUUCUGUACUCCCAUCCCUCCCUUUUAAAAUAGAACUGUUUACUCCAUGCUAUUGUCUUGAAAUUAUGUAGCUUUCUUUUGGGUUUUAUGUGGCUCAUAGUUAAGAAUUUGCCUUGAGUCUCAUAAGAAACUUGGAGCUUCUGAACAGUGUUGAAACUGUUAACACUUGGAGGACUCCUGAAGUUGGACUAAAUGUAUUUUGCAUUAUAAGACGGUUGUGAGUCUUUGAAGGUCAGAUAUGGAAUGUUAGAGUUUGAAUCUGAAAUGUAUCUCAUAUUUUAAAUACUUGCUUCUCAGAUAGUACUACUACUUUGGAAAAUUGCAGAAUCUUUAGGAAGUGAGGCGUGGGUGGGAGAAGUAAGUCACUAGGAACAGAAUUUGAAGGCUAUACCCAGCCCCUAGAUCGUGCUACUCCCUCUGAUUCAUGGUCCAACAUGUGAACAGACUCUGCUGUGUGUUUCUAUUGCCAUGAACUGAAUUGUUCCUCCAUGCCUUCCCUGUUGUGAUAGACCAAAGCCCUUUGAAACUGUGAGCCCACAUAAAUCCUUCCUUAAUGUAUUUUUAUAGAUGUUUUGAUCACAGCAAUGCAAAAAUAACUAGUAUACUGGCAUGUAACACAUGCAUUAAUGUAUACAUAUUUAAGUUGUAUACAUUGAACAGCUUAUCGAUGAAGCCAUCAUGAUCUUAAUAAUGUAAUUAUUGAUCAUCAUGAUCAGAAUAAUGAAUUUUUCUUCUCUUGUAUAGUCUGUUUUCCUUGGGGUUUUAAGUGUCUAAUGAUUUGCUUUCUUUCACAAUGGUUUAGUUUGUAAUUUUUAGAAUUUUAUUUGAAUAGAAUCACAAAAUAUUUGCUUGAUUUCUGAUUAUUUUCACAUUUGAUAGUAAGUUCUAGAUUCAUUGUUCCUUAUGAAUACAUCACUGUCUCUAUUGGUAAGAAUUCUAAUCUGUGGACAUGUCACUGUCUAGUCAUCUGCUGGUGGUCACAUGGCUCAUUGCCAAUUGAAGGCUACUGAUAAAACUACAAAGAACAUAGGCGUACAGUUUUUUUUUUUUUGAAAACUGUUUUCUCUGAUACCAGUGAUUUCAGUUAAGCUCACUUUCACUUUCUAAAAACUUCAAAAUAUGUUUUAACUAGCUGUGUCCUUUGUGGUCCCAACAACAGUGUGUGUAUUUCUGUUCCUCCACAGUGGUUUCCAUGCUUUGCAUAUUCAGUCUUUUCUCAUUUCACUAUAUUAAUAAAUGUAAUGUCAUCUCACUCUGAUUGUGAUUGCAUUUUCCUGAUGUUUUGCAAUGUGUUCACUCUUUACUGUGUCAUACAGUGGUUUUACAAAGGUCUCAUAACCAGGCAUGACUGAUUAAAUCAUUGCCCAUAACUGAUUAAUUGUCCCUCCUCUUCUUUCCCUUCCCAGUGACCAAGUAUGAGGUUGACAUUAAAUCCUCCUGUCAGAUCUUGAACUUUCAGGGGGACUUGACCAUAAUGGGAGGGAUCAGAGGCUCCAGGAACAAGUUAACACAUUAGUAUAUAAAGACAUUUUAGGUUUAGAAAUAGGUAUAAGUGAGCUGCCCAAUAGAGAAGCAGUGUGGAUAAUCUAUUUUGUGUGUGUGUGUGUGUGUGUGUGCGCGCGCGCGCGCUUUUAAACCUCUUGUAGACAGAAUACUAACCUAGACCCAGUUUCUGGUAAAAAGCAGGACGGUUUUCAUGAAGCCCCCUUUGUGUGCCAUAGUAGAGACACUGAGAAUAGCUCUCACUUAACACAAUGUUGUGUAGCUUGUGUUACUCAGUGACAACUUGCAUCAUUCUCAGUGUAAGAAAUCAGGGUUUUCCGGGGGCUGGAGAGGUGGCUCAGUGGUUAAGAGCACUGACUGCUCUUGCAGAGGACCCAGGUUUG